GCCUCAUGCUAAUUGUGGAAUCUCUCUCUACUAAGUCACACACUUUACUACUCAGCAUUGGGGGAAGCUGUUGCUGCUGCUGCUGCUGCUGCUCCUGCCUGCUGGCUGCUGGCUGCCUCUGCUGCCACCACGGGUCUGAGGCUGCAGCGGGUUUCUGUGCAGCAUUGCAGAAUCCACACCUAGAAGACACACGCGUCUACUGCCCUGGACACAAGAAAGCCUUGGAUCCUCAGCGGGUCUUGUCUUGGAAGUCUCAUUUCAUCUGAGACGGCUGGGAGGACCCUACUAUAUGGAGACUCCCACAUCUGGUGCCCGAACAGGGACAGAGGUUAUGAGCCCUCGUCCUGGACAGAGGCCCCCACAGUAAGACAGAUACGGGGAAUCGGCAGGCUUGAAGCAUGAGCUCAGAUGCCAGCCAAGGCGUGAUCACCACUCCUCCUCCUCCCAGCAUGCCUCACAAAGAGAGGUAUUUCGACCGCAUCAAUGAAAACGACCCAGAGUACAUCAGGGAGAGGAACAUGUCUCCUGAUCUAAGACAAGACUUCAACAUGAUGGAACAGAGGAAACGGGUUACUCAAAUCUUGCAAAGUCCUGCCUUUCGGGAAGAUCUGGAAUGCCUUAUUCAAGAACAGAUGAAGAAAGGCCACAACCCAACUGGAUUGCUAGCGUUACAGCAGAUUGCAGAUUACAUCAUGGCCAGUUCUUUUUCGGGCUUUACUUCACCUCCCCUCAGUCUCGGCAUGGUCACACCUAUCAAUGACCUUCCUGGGGCAGAUACAUCUUCCUACAUGAAGGGCGAAAAACUUACUCGCUGUAAGCUUGCCAGCAUGUACAGACUGGUGGACUUGUUUGGAUGGGCACACUUGGCAAACACAUACAUCUCAGUAAGAAUAAGUAAGGAGCAAGACCACAUUAUAAUAAUUCCCAGAGGCCUGUCUUUUUCUGAAGCCACAGCCUCCAAUUUGGUGAAAGUCAAUAUAAUAGGAGAAGUGGUUGAUCAGGGAAGCACCAACUUGAAAAUAGACCACACAGGGUUUAGCCCGCACGCUGCAAUCUAUUCAACUCGUCCUGAUGUGAAGUGUGUGGUACACCUCCACACCCUCGCAACAGCAGCCGUAUCCUCCAUGAAAUGUGGAAUCCUUCCAAUUUCUCAAGAGUCCCUGAUCCUGGGCGAUGUCGCCUAUUAUGACUACCAAGGGUCACUUGAUGAGCAGGAGGAGAGAGUUCAGCUACAGAAAGUCCUGGGGCCAAGUUGUAAGGUGCUGGUACUCAGAAAUCAUGGUGUGGUGGCACUUGGAGAAACGGUUGAGGAGGCUUUUUUAAAUAUUUUUCACGUGCAGAUAGCCUGUGAGACUCAGGUGCGGGCGAUAGCCGCGGCAGGCGGAGUAGACAACCUGCUUGUCCUGGACCUUCAGAAGUUUAAGGCUUUCACUAGCCAAGUCGCGGCAUCCGGGGGAGGAGGCGUGAACAUGGGUUCCCAGCAAAAGUGGAAGGUUGGCGAGCUGGAGUAUGAGGGGCUGAUGAGGACUCUGGACAAUUUGGGGUACAGAACAGGCUAUCCUUAUAGGCAGCCUCUGGUCCGAGAGAAGCCUAGGCACAAGAGCGACGUGGAAAUCCCAGCAACUGUGACGGCUUUUUCAUUUGAGGACGACACAGUGCCACUCUCGCCUCUCAAAUACAUGGCACAGAAGCAGCAGCGUGAGAAGACCAGAUGGCUGAACUCACCUAACACUUACAUGAAAGUCAAUGUGCCUGAGGAGUCUCGGAAUGGGGAGACCAGUCCCAGGACCAAAAUCACAUGGAUGAAAGCGGAGGACUCUUCUAAAGUUAGCAGUGGAACACCCAUCAAAAUUGAAGAUCCAAAUCAGUUUGUUCCUUUGAACACAAACCCACAUGAGGUACUAGAAAAGAGAAAUAAGAUUCGAGAACAAAACCGAUACGACUUGAAAACAGCAGGACCACAGUCUCAGCUGCUCGCAGGAAUUGUUGUGGACAAGCCUCCUUCUACCAUGCAAUUUGAAGAUGACGAUCUCGGCCCACCGGCUCCCCCCAACCCCUUCAGCCACCUCACAGAAGGAGAACUGGAAGAGUAUAAGAAGGCAAUCGAACGUAAACAGCAAGGCCUGGAAGAUGCUGAGCAGGAAUUACUCUCAGAUGACGCUUCAUCUGUUUCACAAAUUCAGUCUCAAACUCAGUCACCGCAAAAUAUCCCCGAAAAACUAGAAGAAAACCAUGAGCUCUUUUCCCAGAGCUUCAUCUCCAUGGAAGUGCCUGUGAUGGUCGUGAACGGCAAGGAUGAUAUCCAUGACGCUGAAGACGAGCUCGCUCGGCGAGUGAGCAGGUUGACCACAAGCACGACCAUAGAAAACAUCGAGAUCACCAUUAAGUCUCCAGAAAAAAUCGAAGAAGUCUUGUCGCCUGAAGGCUCACCUUCAAAAUCUCCAUCCAAGAAAAAGAAGAAAUUCCGCACUCCUUCUUUUCUGAAAAAGAACAAAAAAAAGGAGAAAGUCGAAGCCUAAAUAAAGUCUUUUUAUAGUUGUGAUUACGAUGUGACGUUGCACAUUUAAAUACCACAUUUAAGUUGAUCAUUAAUAUGCAGUGGUAGAUCAAAUUGGGGGUACGCAGCAAACUGGACUCUGAGAACUGGAAAGGGGUUUUACUAAAAGAAACACACAUUAUGAAAAAAAAGCUUUCAAAUUCAUCUCUGAUUUUAUAUGUCAAAAAAAAGCCUUUGAAUUUUUCAACAAAUGCUAGUUUUGAGUAGCUCUGCCCUCAUGAAGUGUUACAAUUUACCACAGACAGAUAUGUCUGAAAUACUUCAGGCCUUUUCUACAAUAUCUGUUGGAAAGAAAUUACCAGUGAGAAGGGGAGAGAACUUUUUAUUUCUCCACACCUGCUUCACUUGGUAAUCAGAUUAUACUUUUUUAUUCCUAUCACCUGUACCUUUUCGGUUCCCAUUGUUUCAAUGGGCAUUAACAGAAUGCUUUAAAAAGCUUCUAAGAAUCUAUAGCGUUAGUAUACACUGGCACAUAAUUUUUUAAAAAAAUAUAUAAGAAAAGAUUCAUUUGAAAAUUUAUUCAUAGUAUAAAAUUUCCUCACCUGAAGUAACUUUGUUUGCCAAAAAAAGGGUCAUUUUAGUAAAAUAUAAUUUUUGAAAAACUUCCUUUUUUAUUAGUUUAGAAAGCCCCUUAUUUUUCAGCAAAGGGGAUUUUAUACACAUAACAUGGGUUAUUUAGUUUAACUCUGGCAAAAAAAAAAGAUUUUUGUAUGUUGAGAUGUUUGUAUACCAUUCAGUAUAAAAAAUGUCAUAAGCCUAUUAGCCAAUCGUUUAACAACAGAGCAGAUUUGAGGCUGCUUGGCACUAAGUGUACUCAGAUACAAUUCAGGAAUCCAGGGACUUGGUGUGAAACGGGGUUAGAGGGUUUAAAGGUACACCUUAACUAAAUCCAUUUUUGAACCAUAUAAUGUAUUUUUCUCUUAGUAUUGCUCAUGAAUGAAAAAGCUCUCAUGAUAACCAAAGGAAAAGAAUGAGAAAGUGAAAAAUGAAGGGAAAACAAGAGGUGUCACAAAUAGGAGAAUUCUAGUUUGAUCACGACUCACAGUCACAACAGAUUGGAAGUGUAAUUGAUUCAAAACGUCCCAAAUCUCUAAAAUUCUGCUUCUCUUCCCAAACCACUCUAUUUCUUGGUUGAUAGUUCAGUUUUAAAGGAUCAAAUCCUUUUAACUGAUAGGUGUUUAGAAGGCAGCACUAGAAGAAACCAGUAGGUCUAACCCCCUUCCUCCAGUGAGGAAACUACCACUUGUUGAUUUUUACAAAUGUUUAUCUUUUUAGUUAACUUCCUUUCUAAUGUAAAUACAAAUUUAAACCUAGGCUUAAUAUAGUUUUUCCCCCCUUCACCCAGGUGAUGUCACAAAUCAAUGUAAAAUCAAUGAUCCAAAAUGGUCGGUGGGUAAAAAUAAUCCGCAGUGUUUCUGGAGGGUGAGUUGGCAUGCAAAACGUUCCAUUGAUCACAGCGUGUCCGGCUGGUUCUGUUUGACCGUACGUGUAUGUGGAUGCAAAGUUGCAACAGAGCCGGAAAUUCAUUCUAGAUUUCACUAACUACUGGAACCAGUGUUUUAAUCUCUUAGUGGAAUACUUUCAGUUUAAUUCUGUAUUUGAGGAUUUUCUUUAUGUUCUAUGUCAUUUAUGUUGUAUUACAACGUAUGUAGAAACAGUAACCUGUGAACUAUGCUUUUCCAUAACUUUUUAAAAAUAUAUAUAUCUUAAAUGAAUGCAGUGUGCAUUAAUAUUUUUUAAACUACAACAGUGAACUAUUUGCACCUUUUGCUAAUGCCUCUAUUUACUUGCUUUGGCAUAAAGAAUGAGCCAAUGAACUUCUGUGUCCUGUGGAAAAUGUAUAAAUGUUAUCCGAUAUUGCUCUUAGAUGUAAUGCUAAUUAAUGUUAAAUCACAAAUAAACAGUAUUUUAAAUAGA